UCGCCCUUCCCUCUACUCUCAACUCUCAAGUGUCUAGCCUGAAAGUAUUAAAUAAGAAAAAAACCGCACAAGUUGAAGUCUGAUAAGAAUUAUCCAUAUUUUCACUGUUUCUUUUAUUUAUAAUUCACCUCACAAUUACUUAAAAAAUAACCAAUUUAUUAAAAACCGUAAAAAGUUAAAUAGAGCAAUCCUAAACGAACCCGUAAACCACAGCCAAACAAACAAAUCCAGAGAUUCUCUAAAAAAAUUUAAAUAAAUUUAACCCCAAAUUUUGGAGGGACACUCAAAUAAACAAUCUGAUACUGUUAAUAAAACCUUAUAAUUAAGGCGGCAAUGUCAGUGAAGGCACGUGACCUCCACUCCUCCCUCCUUUUUUUUCCUCCUUCAUUCCAACAAUCAAAAUUUAACAGAGACAAACAACACAGUCUUUUAGAGAGAGAAACUCAGACCAGAAGAGAGAGAAACUGAAGAACUAACAGCAGCUUGAAGCUGCAACAAUGGUGGGAGGAAGCUCUACUUCUUCCAAAUCUCCUCGUUCCACGUCACCUUUCCGAUCAAUAAAAGGUUCUCCUUCGCCGUUUUCUUCGCCGGCGGUCAAGAAUGUCGCCGGACGUCCGGCGAGUCCGUCGUCGGAGCGACCUGAGUUUAGUAAACCUAAGGAGAAUGUCACUGUUACUGUUCGAUUUCGUCCUCUCAGUGCGAGAGAGAUGAAGCAAGGAAAUGAGAUAGCGUGGUAUGCGGAUGGAGAUUGCACAGUUCGGAAUGAGGUUAACCCUAACAUUGCUUAUGCAUUUGAUAGAGUAUUUGGCCCUGCAACAACCACACGUCAUGUAUACGAUAUUGCUGCUCAUCAUGUUGUGAGUGGUGCUAUGGAAGGAAUAAAUGGUACUAUCUUUGCAUACGGAGUUACUAGUAGUGGGAAGACGCACACAAUGCAUGGGCUGCAGAAGUCUCCUGGAAUAAUUCCAUUAGCAGUGAAAGAUGUCUUUGAAAUCAUUCAGGAGACACCUGGCAGGGAGUUUCUUCUUCGUGUUUCUUAUCUGGAAAUCUACAAUGAGGUUAUCAAUGAUUUGCUGGAUCCAGCUGGACAGAGCUUACGAAUUCGAGAAGAUACUCAGGGAACUUACAUUGAAGGAAUUAAAGAUGAAGUUGUACUCUCACCCGCUCAUGCAUUAUCCUUGAUUGCUACUGGUGAAGCGCAUAGACAUGUUGGCUCCAACAACUUCAAUCUACUUAGCAGUCGAAGUCACACCAUUUUCACUUUGACCAUUGAAAGCAGUCCACACGGUCAAAGUCAAGGGGAAGAAGACGUAUCACUGUCUCAAUUGCAUUUGAUUGAUCUUGCCGGGUCUGAAAGUUCGAAGAUCGAAACAAAUGGAUUACGUAGAAAAGAAGGCUCAUACAUAAAUAAAAGUUUGCUAACUCUUGGCACUGUAAUCUCCAAGCUAACUGAUGGUAAGGCAUCUCAUAUUCCUUAUCGUGAUUCAAAGCUCACCCGUUUGUUGCAGUCCUCUCUCAGUGGCCAUGGACGAAUCUCACUUAUCUGCACUGUGACUCCUGCCUCUGGCCACAGUGAAGAAACUCACAAUACUUUGAAGUUUGCGCACAGGAGUAAGCAUGUAGAAAUUAAGGCUUCUCAAAAUAAGAUAUUGGACGAAAAAUCCCUCAUUAAGAAGUACCAAAAAGAAAUUUUAAGUCUAAAGCAAGAGCUUCAGACACUAAAGCAUGGCAUACCAGAGGAUACAUGUGUGAAUGUGUCAACGCCAGAAGAUUUGGUUAGCCUAAAGCUGCAGCUGGAAGCAGGCCAGGCUCAGUUGCAGUCUAGCACAGAGGAGGAGGAGCAAGCUAGAGCAGCUCUUACAGGAAGAAUUCAACGGCUCACAAAAUUAAUUUUGGUUUCAACAAGAAAUACUCCGGGAACAACACAUGUCCCUCAAAAGUCUGUCUAUACAAGAAGGCAUUCCUUUGGUGAAGAGGAGCUUGCACAUUUACCAGAUAGGACACGGGAGAAUGCAAUUUGUUGCGAUGAUUCUGGUGGUGGAAGUCUGGAUCCCGAGGUUCCGAUUGAUGGCUGUGUCAAUCCAACCAAUCUACAUGAGAUUGUUAAGGAUUACAAGAAGAGUAAAAGAAAAGGAAUGCUUGGAUGGUUUAAGUCAAGAAAGCCUGAGCUUGUUGGCGGAUUGUCUCCAGUUGCCACUGAUGAUGGUCAGAGUUCAACUAGUGGAUCUCCUGCAACUGCUUCCAGAUCCUCACAAAACAGAGUAAUGGCUUCUGAUGUAAAAGAAAAACAGAGGAAAUUAGUCAAUAGGAAGCAGGGUGAUCUUCCAGCAACAAACUUUUCUCCAGAAAAGGGCCAAACUGAUGAAUUCCUUAGUACUGGAAUUGGGCUUUCUCAUAUUAACCUGACUGGAACAACAAUUACUGAUCAGCUGGAUGUCCUUCAAGAGCAAUUAAAAUUGCUUGCUGGAGAGGUUGCACAGUGUACCUACUCUCUCAAAAGACUAUCAGGGGAAGCAAUUAACAGCCCCGAAAAUUCUCGUGAUGAGGAGCAAAUACGGAAGUUGAAGAAUGAAAUCACUGAAAAAAAGCUGCAAAUACAUCAGCUGGAGCAGUGCAUAAAAGUAUCACUGGAAGCAGCUCCACAAAGUGUGCCUAGGUCUGAGCUGUCUCAGGCUUUAGCUAAGAUUGCUACUCAGCUGAGUGAGAAAACUUUUGAACUUGAGAUCAAUUCAGUGGAUAAAAGGAUUCUUCGGGAACAGUUACAAAUGAAGAUCUCAGAGAAUGCUGAGAUGCAAGAAGCCAUCCUUCUACUAAGACAGCAACUUAGCACAUCGUCAGAUAUUUGCUCCAUCUAUCCUGAAGGACAAAAUCAGUCUGCUAUGCUCAAUGCUUCUGCUUUAGAUUCUAAUCCUAUCAAUUUAGGUGAGAAAAACAAAGGAGGGAAGGAUUCACCUCUUGAUGCAACUACACCUACUAGUGUGAUAAGUUUGAAUCGGUUCUUUGGUCAGGAUGAUUCAAAAGAUUGCAAGAAUGCUACAAACUCAAAUUUACAGAUUUCCAAUAUUGAGAAUCUCAAGCAAGAGAAUGCAAGAUUAGCUGAAGAAAAAGUUGGACUGGAAAUUCAUAGCCAAAAGCUGGCAGAAGAGGCUUCAUAUGCAAAAGAACUGGCUGCAGCUGCAGCAAUUGAGCUUCAACAUUUGACAGAAGAAGUUACUAGGUUGUCAUAUCAGAAUGCGGAGCUGAUUGGUGAGCUGGGUUCCACAAAAGAGGUCAAUUCUGGAUCUGGUUGCUGUCAACCUUUGUCUGAUGUGAAUAAAAACAGUAAUAGUUUUGCUGAGAUUGAUGCAAGCUCAAGGAAACUAGAAUAUGAACAGUUGGUUGAGUACUUGCAGAAUGAGCUUCAUACCAGAUAUCAAAGAGAAGCCAUGCUAGAAGCUGCUUUAUCUGAGAAAGAGCAAGUAGAGCGUGAGCUGGAUAAACAGCUUAGCAAGGCAAAGAGGCACGAAGAAGUUUUAGAGAGUGACUUAGAAAAUUUGUGGGUUCUUAUAGAAAACAUGAGGAAAUCUGGUAUAGAAACUGAUGAUGUCUUAUCUCAUAGGAUUGGUACAUCUAAUUAUAGAUCAGCCGAGGUUCCAGUUGGAAUUACCUCAAAGGGCAGCUUAUUAUCAGCAGGAAGUCAAGUAUCUAGAAAUUUGGACAAGAUAAGCUCAGCUGGUGCCAGCAAUUUGAAAGAAAUAGAGAGGUCCAAAGAGCUAGAGAAGCUUAUUUCAAGACUGAAGGGUGAAGACUUGUCUGACCUUGAUAUGGCUACUCUUGAAAAACUGCAAAAUGUUCAUGUAGAGGCUAUAACUAAGAUAUGCCAAGCAAAGUGCGCUAAUCAUAUAUUGUAGCAGGCCAACAGAUACCCUUUCAAAUGGAAAUUAUCUGAAUUUGCGGUAGGGGGUGUACUGGUGUAGUGGUUUGAUAAAAAUGCAACAUCAUCAGAGAAAUUUGAAGUUCAAAUUUCAAUUUUAGUAGCAGGAUCUUUUGGACAGUAUAUACACGUCAUGAUAGCUAUUCCGCAUUCUGAGAUUUACCACUGUUACCAGGGGCUUAACCAGCGUAAUGUACGUAUACUAAUUUCUUUUGGCAAACAUGCAAAUUUUGUACAGUCUCAAACCCCAAGAACGUAUGGCUUCUUGUGAGUGAUUGACGUAUCUUGGGACUUGCUGAUCAUUUUUUUUUUUGCGAGAGCAUCAAUACAUGUUAAUAUCUAUUGGGACGUAUUUGUAAUAAUCUUGUGGCUUACUGAUCUCUGGAGUAAAUUAUUGAACUAAACAUUGAUCAAUAUAAAUGUAUAUUUAUAUACUUAUUUUCCAAAAUGAAAUUUGUUAUUGUAACCUGUAUACUCCUCAAGUUGAUUACUUUGUUAUCUUAUCUGUAAUCCUUUCCAUGGUAUUAUUCUGAGGAACUCAUUUGGUUAGCCACUAAUUUGAUUAAUGUCCAUCUUCAUAUAUUUUCGGCAGUCAGUUGUUUAUGUGUAGCAAACUAGCAAUGUCUGCUGCUGUGAAAUGCCACCGAAAUUUGGCCUUUUUUCUUUUUCUUAUUCUUUUUCUAACUCCUUAUUUGAUUAUUAAAUACGCAUUUUGGCCCUAUCCUCAAUCCUCUUUUAAGAAGGAUUCACACCAGCCAAGGCCGGUGUCCCCUGCCACCAACUGACGUUCACCUGUAAGCGUCACUUAUGCCGUAAACAUUGAAAUAUAUAAUUGUGCAUGGGCUGUGCACCCCUGUCCAUGACUCAAAAUGGUUUAUAACGCAAUUGCCAGAAGUAGACCUCUUGGUAUCCGGAUAUCUACAUUCCACCCUCAAUCUAUCUUGGUGCUAAACUGCUUAUAAUUCGAACUUGACCUAAUUAUUCAAAAAAAAAAAAAAAUCAUAUAUAUACAAAGUAUUUUGUUACCUAGAAUGUAACCAAAACAGUGCAUUGAGAAACUCUAAUUGGUGAAGAUGUCAAUUUUUUAAAUUAAAUUUUAUAAUUUAUUAUUUGAGACAGGGUCAUGUAUUGGCUUAUUCUAGUGCAACCGCCAAAUUGCCAAAAUACGGCUGUGUUAUUGGUACCCAUGAUCAUGGCACUUCGGCAGUUCGGCCUGCAACCUUAUUAGAUAACACCAUCAACACCUGCAUUCAUCUAGUUGUACAUCUUUUUCUUAAUCAUUUUGAUCAUUAUUUAUUGAUAAAUUGAAAAUGAAUUAUUUGAUACUUUCUUUCAUGGACAAAUAUUCAUAUUCUACAAAAAAAAAAACUUAAGUAGUCAGAUGAUAUGUAAUGGAGUGAAUAAUGUCAAAACAAUUUUGUUUUAAUACUC